GAAGUCAGCCGAGUAAUCGACCGUCUGAAGAAAAAGAACCUUUGUUACGGUGUUUUGGAUAGCCGUUCCACAGCCAAAAUUAUUACCAAAAGUGAAAGAAAGUGGCUGACUUCACGAAGCAGUUAAAAUAAAGUGCAAACGAUCCGGAUUCGGUGGAUGAAAUCCGAUUUCAAAUCCGGGCUAAUCCCGCUGCUGAAGAAGAAGGCUCAAUCGGGAAGGAUUCGGGUGAGAGAAUUAUUCAACUAUUUUUUGUUCUCCUGGAAUCGUGUGCGGCUGUGUUGGUGUUUCGGGGAGCGAGAGCUGUUUUUUACAAGAAAGCGUAGCAAAACAGAGAGAACUGUCAAAAGUAAAUGCCAGGUUUCUCUCUUCGGAGCCGUUCCAAAACUAACACGGAACUGGUUGCAGAUUCAGUCAAAAAUUGCUAAAAGAGUGUUUUUAUUAGAAAAUUACCAAAGUGGCUUAGGAUUGAUAAGCGUUCAAAGUGGAGUGAGAUUGUAUAGAUUUGCGUUCGAAGAAGUUUAGUUGAAAAUUAAAGUUUUUUGUUGUGUGGUGGCGAUUGGAAGAAAAUACAAACCAGAUUAUACCCAUCUGACAGCACUUCCUAGGAGCAAUCCGGUCGAUCGACCUUCAUGUUACUGACUCUUGUUGGGUCGUGCGUGCUUGUAUGUCUAGUUGCAAAAAGUAAAAGAGAUACAAUUUUCCUCCAUCACUACAAAAGAAAAGAAGUGCUGGUGCAGAAGUGAAUUUCCUAAUUUGCUAGAAACGCAUUCGAUGGUGUUGCUGUCGUAAUCGAGCACGGGAAUGAACACGGCCAGGCCCCGUCUGGUGCACACGAGAAAAUUCCAGCUAACGUCGUCGCCAUCGAAAAGGGCGAAAAGUAGCAGCGAAGAAUCAUCACCUCCGCCGACUGAUAGCAGCAGCAGUGCUUUUACCAUGGCUGAAGCAGCCGGAACGGCACCGAACGAUGAUCUGGAAGGCGGGGAGCAGCCGCCGACCAAGUUCACGGAAGCAGAUCUGCAGGCCAUCAAACUGACGAGUGACACGUUGAAGCGCAACCCAAAGAUGGACUUUAGCAAAACCGAUCUCCUCAAACUGCUGAGCUACCUGGAAGGGGAACUGCAAGCUCGGGACGUAGUCAUUGCCGUACUUAAGACCGAGAAAGUCAAACAACUCCUCAACACUGCCCGCUACAGUAAGCCUACCAACCUGAACGAUCCCCAUGCCGCUCUCUACCGGGAUAAUCUUGCUUCAAGCGGGAACAUUGCUAGUCGGCAGUCCUCCAUCCAGGCGGCUUACUCCGAACAUGAGAUGCGAUUGCUUAAUGACCAACGGCUAGGUGUAAAGGAACAGAUGGAUUCCCUGGCGGGGCUGGUGAUGCAACAGCGACAAACUCAAGCCAAGAUGGUCGAAGUGUUGAAGGAUGCCGAGGAGCGGUACAAGAAGGUUGUUCAGGAAUUGGAAGAAGAACGCCGGAAGCAUGAGCAUACCACUGCUCAGGGCGAUGACAUAACGUACGGGCUGGAGAUCGAGCGAUCACGGUUGAAGCAGGAGUUGGAGCACGAAAAAGAGCAACGCAAGGUAUUGGAACUGGAGCUGCAGAAAAUUCAGGAACAGUUCGAAGCCGAGAAAAAUCGACAGAAGCAGAUUGUUCUGCUGUUACUGGCAGAGCGGAAGAAGAUCAUUAUCAAGUAUAUCGAGGAACGAAAGAGAAGCGAAGAUUUGGCACAUAUUUUGUCAGAGGAGAAACUUCGGGUCGACACGAUAGCCGAAGGUUUAGAGGAGGAGAGCAAGAAGUCACUGCGAAUGGAAGCCGAACUGGAGACGCAAACACAGCAGUUCGAUAUGGAGCGAAAAAUGCUGCACCAGAGUUUGGCUAAGGAGGAGAAGAGAAUCAAAGAGCAAGAACUUGAAAUCCAACAGCUGAAGACGGAACUAGAGCUGAUAAGGAAACAGACUGGUAUUCGUCAUCCAAUUGUAGCUCCGCAGCUUCCUACCAAACCUGGAGGUUUGAUGCCAUCAAGACCCUCGAUUGGAGGUGUUCCAGGAGCACCAGACGUAGACAACAGCGUAGUAUCGUCCUCCUCUUCCGCUUCUGCCGCAGCUGGUUCUGUGGCGUCUGUUGCUUCUUCUGCUGCCGCUGCUGGAUCUGCUGCUACUGCCGCUGCCGCAUCUGGCGUUGGGAUUUUACCACCCAGUGCCAUGAUCAGUAGUGUGGCCACCAAGGUGGUUCAGCCAACUGCUACCGUGUCUAGCGUGCCCGUUUCUGGACCAACCACCGGAAUUGCCCGUUCCGUGUCUCCUGGUCAGUUGAUCCGGCAAACGGCCAUAUCGCAACUGUCGAUCACGUCACCACCCAUUGCCCUGGGUUCGAACACCGCCCCCGUGGCUCCUUUACCUGAAACCUACGCAAACACUCCGCCCGGCAAGAUGGCCACCGUAAGAAAGGCAUCUGCGUCCCCCGUGGGAAGUCCAGCCGGCAUCGGGAUCGGAUCCGUAGUGGCAGGUGCGACUGCGACCAUCAAGAAGACAAUAAUACCCCCGGUGGGUGGCCGUGGAGUGCCGCCUCCGAUCCCGCCCAACAAACCGCAGAUACCGCCGAAACUGUCCGCAACGUCGGCCGCGGCUGCCGUUGCUGCCGCUGCCAUAUCAUCCCGUAUACCAUUUCUGAGUAAUAGCAAUCACAACAGCAGCAGCACCACCAUCAACAAUAGUAGUAUCAAUUUAGCCAAUAGUAGUAGCGUCGGUUCAUCGUUACCAUCGCCAUCUUCCGUGUCCUCGCCACUGCUGUCGUCAUCACUAUCAUCGUCAUCUUCCACCAACAUCACCACUACCACCACCAACACCACCACAAUCUCCUCUUCAUCCUCUACUAGCGCUAGCAGUACUUCCGUCGCGCCCCCAGGGGUCAAUGUCAGUGGAUCGGUACCGCCCACAAAUAAUCUUAUCGCAUCUUCAACAGUUGCCAACAAUGCCGCUGGAGCAACAGCAGCAGCAGCCGCAUCACAGGCCUCAGCCGCCACCGCCGCCUCCACAGGCCCAGCAGCAUCACAAAAUUCUGCGGCGCCAGCCGCAUCUGCAUCCGUUUCAACCGCAGCAGAAAUACUGACAAACAUCGGUUGCGAAGGUGGGAUAGUGUAAAAGUGCAAGUUGUUAUCUUCGCACCAUCACGCCCACUACCAUUACUAGUAACACUUGUACUACCACUACCAUCAACAUCACUACCCAUACCAUGAUGUAGUAGUACCCAUACAUUACCAUAUUAUAGUGAAUGGAGAAACGCAAUCACGUGUCACACUAGUCACGCAAUCCAGAACAUACGUACAUACAUUCAUACCUACACAUUAAUUUCACCCCAUACGUUAAACGUUACUACAACUAGUGCGAUGCUGAUUUGGUACGGAAUACCUCUAUAACUACUCAAUACACGGGUGCAUGAUUGUGUAACUAUGAACAAUGCAUUCGUCCACGAAUACAUUACACUUCCACUGAUCGAUCACAUAGCUACAUUACGCACUUUGGUUGCAACAAGAUCACCUACAUCUGUGCACUGAAUUUUACCACAGCUGCCAACGUGUUCUGGUUGAUCCCUGAAUUUGUUGACCAUUUGGUUAAUGCUCCUUCGUUUUACUGAAGCAUUUUUAGUAGAGUACACGUAUUGCUAUAUAUUGCUUGGGAAAUAGAUAGACGCUUUUUGACGCAUAUUGAUAAAUAUUGUUGUUUUUUUUUUAUUGUAUCAAAUCUUUCUUUGGAUUACGAUUGGUAUCAAGUUCGAAUUUUUCACAAUUUUCAAACGAUUUACAGGGUGUCCCAGAAGGUAUAAGUACAGUUUAUUAUUCGAGCAAAACAACGUUAUGUCGAUGAACUCAAAUUUUUACUUUUGCGUGAAGUUGACGAUUGGCAUAGUUGAAGAUGCUAAGCCUCAAAUAACAGACUUAAAGUGGUCGAUAGAUGGAGGAGAUGAAAGUAUAGAGUUGAUAGUUCCGUUAACGUACGGCAGUCUGUAAAUUGUAUAUAGAGAGUAGAAAGCGAGCAAGGACAACUUUGAGGAAGGUACGAAUCGGGUUGAUCAUCUCUCUUUCCCAAACUCCCCAGUUGGAGAGGGAUGGUGAGGGGUGUCACCCCGCCAACACUGGCAAGUCGACGAUGACAGAAGUGGUAGAGGCAACAAUAGCUGUAAUUUCCAAACCUACGACUAGAUGCCUCCCUUCAGAUAACGACUUGAGUGCCGUAAAAAUCGAUAGAACUGUUUCCAACACAUCGUAGGUACAUGAGCAAAUCGGCGAUCAUCUGUUUUUGCCAGUGGUGGCGGGGAGGGACACCCCUCACCACCCCUCUCCAACUGGGGAACUUGGUGAAGAGAUAUGAUCAACCUGAUUCGUACCUUCCUCAAAGUUGUCCUUGCUCGCUUUCUACUCUCUAUAUACAAUUUUCACAAUGCCGUACUCUAACGGAACUAUCAACUCUAUACUUUCAUCUCCUGCAUCUAUCGUAUAAAAUGACCACUGUUAUUUGAAGCUUAGCAUCUUCAACUAUCAAAUGUUGAUUUCAUAUAUAUGUUCUCUAUAGUAUUCUCUUUCAACUCGAUGAAAAUAAUCCGUAGUUCCUUUUGAUGUGACGCUGCCCAUGAGCUUCAGCACAGAUUCUUCGAUUGAAUUCGCUGCCUUUAUAAUGUGCUUCCGUAGAUAUCCCUUGGAAAGGACCCAAAAAGUUUCGAUUGACCGGACCUUCGAACAAUUCGAAGGAUUCAUCUCUUUUGGCACGUAUUUGCUUUGUACCAAGCUACCGUGUCUUUCGAGUAGUCCAUUGACACCACCCCGGGAGCUUUUUGACAGCUCCAGUAUAAUGUCAAUGUACUCUAAAAAUUCUGGUACUCUGGUUCUGUCGAAUCGAAUAAUGGUGGAGCGCUUCUUACGGUUAUUGUUAAUGCGGGUGUUAAUUAAUAGAUUUUCAAUCGAACAACUGGUCCCGGAGAUAUGGACGGAACAAGACCCGAAAAUUUGGGAUUCGGGAACUAAGUGGUGUUUGUCAGCAACCACAGAACCGAAUAACCGAAACAACCAGCUAAAAAAAGGUAUUUUAGUCACAUUGAAUGCUGUUGAUCAAAUUUAGAAUCGGUCAACUGUUUCCGAUAAACAUGGAUUUUUGGGGCUAAGUCGUAUUUAUCGGUAAUAACUAAUGCGAAUUACAAGCAACAACCACCAAAUAAAAAGUAUCAUGAUUCCAUAGCCUCGUCCGUAGAGCAUUAGAGAACAGAUUCGGAAUCGGUCAACUGGUGCUGGAAAUGUGGCAGGAACUUGUUUCGGAGAAUGUGAGCCAUGAUACUAAAUUUGACCGGUAAGGAAUAAAACCUAUCAUGUGACAAAACAAAUUACUUCAAAAUAUGAUAAUCAAUUCAAUUGUGGCCAUUUCGAGCGCCGCGGAUCACAUUGGUCAGUUCCGGGCAUGUCCCAGAUGCUCCCGAGGAAUAAACCAGACCAGAGCAAAUAAUGAAUUUUGAUUUCAUCAAAUCGAUUAAAUUCCAUGAUAUAAGGAAAAUAAUGCAACCAGUGAUGCAAAAUAUCAUGAUUCUCACGUGACACUCGUCUACGCAUCAACCGAAUAUCGCUGACAGAACGUUUUGUCACGCAGUGAGAGGUAGAGCUAUGGCAAACAACAAUCACCACUAAUGUUCGCUACUCACAAGCAAAAUGUUACACUCGCUGCUGAUGAUGAAAAGCACAACGAAAACAGUGAAGACUUCUGCAGUACGAUCAUGAGAAAAAGCGAAACGACAGAAGAAAAUGAAAACAAUGCCUACGCAUUCCAAAUUUGUCUCGACAGGCGCGACUGUGUGAGUUACAAACAAAGCAGGCAACAUUAAACGGAAGCUGUUGGGCUCACUCACCAACACACUCACAUGAGCAAGCAAAGCAGCAACUGCUUCAAAACAAGCACAGAUGAGUGUCGUGAUUGUAGGGAAUGACAAGAUCGGCGAUGGAUCACAACCGAAGACGACAUUCACCAGUUGCUUUUUACUUAUUUCGUCAACUUGAUGGGUGGUCAUCGAGAGAGCUUCGACGAGCACAUCGAUAGGAAUGUACAAAGCGUUACUACCAUCAGCUGUUUGACGAUCGUGAUUGUGAUCGGUCGCAUCUCUGAAUGCAACAUCAGUAAUACGUCUCACUCAAAAAAAAUUUCUUGGCCUGUUUUCGACGUCCACAUGAAGUGGAACAAAAACAUGUUUUCUGAUGUGAAACAAGUUGUGCCACAAACGAUGGCUGGAACCCACUGUUUACGUACGGUGGAGACAUCUACAAUUUGUCAGUGACUACGUGAAACUGACACCAAAUCGGACCAAAAUAGUACUGGGCAAACAUGUUGACGGAUCAUGGGUCGCAGACGCCGAUUCAAACACUCCCGAACGUAAAACCACAGACAGACAGACGUAACUCUUUGAAAAAGUGUUUCUUGAAACCAUGGUAUCUCAAAACAUAGGACCUCAGUAACGACAUCUCUCUGACUUCUCGCGGAAAACAAGCUUGCUCGCUUACUCGCAAACAAUAUUGCGUAAAAGUUCUAUAGAAUGUUUAGAAACGUCGAAGUGAUCCGAUGCCAGCGCUGCGGCGAGUAGUUUUUUUUUCCUUUGGUUUGUUUUUUCCGUCCAUCUUGUUUUCCGUGCUGAGCACCAAUGCUACCGACGUGCCAGGAAGGCAGCUCCCACACCUGGACCCUACCUAUCGACCCCAUCAACUCAUGAACCGGGGACCAACGGCUUUACUUCCCAUCCGAAGGAAGGCGUGAUCAGAGAUGUUAUGCCUCAGAACAUCCCGGCGGCGCCGACUGGGAUUGAACCCAGGCCUGCUGGGGUGAGAGGUAAUCACACUUACCACUACACCACCGGCACCGUUGCGGCGAGUAGUUCGCGGAACUGAUAAUAUUCAAAUCAACCGUUAAAUGCGUGAACGAAGAUACACAAUGAAGUGUUACGUCUGUUUGUCAAUGGUAAAACCUUGGCCUUCUUACCAAAUUUUUCGGUUAAAAUUGACUUAUCGUCAACUUUCUGAGCCCGUCACCCUGUUUGGAGUAGAUCCUUCAAACCGCCAAAGAAUCACAACGUACACACUUAUCCAGUCAGUAAUUUUUACCGAGUUUUUGAAUUGCGGAACUGUUCGGUAAAAUUUAAAAAAUCUGUGAAAAAUUCAAAGUUGAGAAAAUGUGUUAUGACCAUUUACAGACUUCCUUCUGUUAACCCCGUUUAACGACGAAAAAUAAAAUUUGUCGAUUAUAUCGAAUCUUUACGAAUAACGGUCAUUUGAAUUUUAACCGAGUUUUUCAGUAAUUCAAAAUUCAAAAAUCCAGUAAAAAAAUACUGACUCAUGUAAAAAAAUCUAAGUGUGUAGAGACGAAACAGUUUUUUGGCCAAAUUUCGAACAGAGGCACUUUUCUCAUUGACAAAAGUUUAGUGAUCCUCUGGUCCACUUUUCGGUCCACCGGUCCCGGUUUACGGCCAGAUUUCGAUGUGUCCUCGAAGGCAACUUCUUCACCGAACUUCCGGAUGACGGUUUGGAUUGCUUACUUCCUCCAUUUUCGUCAACUUCCUUACUGAUAGCUUGGAAAUAGUGCACCAUUUGUGCACGAUCUGUUUGCGCUUUUCCUUAAAAAAAUGCACUUUGCGCACACAAACUUGUUGAGUAGUAAGUAAACAACACCACUCAGCGAUAAACAACUGAUAAACUUCAUCUGGGUAGAAUUGGUGGCGAGUUGAAAGUGUGUCUAUACUUUCUGGGACACCCUAUAAUAACUUUUCCUUGACAUCUAUUUCACCGAAUAAAAAAGCUUUUCGAAAAUGAUAUCAGUUAAAAAAUUCAAUAACUAGCUUGGAAUGGAUAGGUAUUAUAACUAGAAGAUCCUAGCCAGGUUUCGAAAUAGAAGAACUGGUCAUAUUUCAAAGGAGGAGAAAUCUGCUUUGAACUAUCAUUUCCUAAUCCCAGAAUCUUUUUUAAUUUAUUUUUAUCAAUUCUGAAUAUGCAAUUGCGGCAUUGUUAAGUUCCAAAAUCUAAAACAAAAAAUCCAUGUCCUAGAGUUUCUUAAAAAUUUGUUUGAGUUGAAGAUCUUUAUUAUUUUUAUAAGUUCGAUUUUUGUUAGAUUACGCAACGUUAAUGUCGUUCUGAAUCUUCAAUAUUUGCUAAAUCCAUGUGAGCAGUUCCACGCCAAAUGGCGUAUCGAAAAAAAAAAACUCGACCUUUUCCUAUUUGUAUGAACCUUUGGAAGAUUGUGUGUUAUGGGCAAUCAUUCUCAUUUUUACAAAAAUUCGAUCAUUUUUAUAAAAAUUACAAGGCUCAAAAUUAUAAUUAUUUUGGCAAAAAUGUGAAUGAUUGCCCAUAACACAAAAUUAUGCAAAGUUUCGUGCAAAUCGGAGAGGGCCGAGUCUUUAAUUUAUAUUGUGUUAACCUAUUUGGCCUGGAACUGGUCAUGUCUGAUUAGUACGGCCGUGAACAGGUCCUGAGAGAAAAAAAGCGAUCUGCUCUUGAAUGUUCUGUAGAAUUCCCGAAAAAAUGCGUUUGAAUUUCCUUACUAGACCUGUAGAUUUAGCACAACCGAGCUUCUAUUGUAAGUCUUGUGGAUUUCCCAUGGCUGUUCUGUGUAGUUUUGUUGAAGCACAGUUGAGUUACCACAGAAGCCUUGCAAUCCUGAAUGAACUAUAUCCACCUCUUCAAGGUGGUUUGUUUAGAAGGACGUUAAUAGAUGGAAGCACAGAAGCCUUGCUAGAUUUGGCUAGAAGCCUUGUGAACUUCCUUUAUAAAUCCUGUGCGCUUCUGUUCAUUUUCUGUAAUCUUCUCUAAGAUGUCCUAUCAAUUUCCAGAAUAAACGCUUGCAACUUUCUGUAAAAGUCCUGUAAAUGUUUCUAAAAAUUCUACGAACUUCCCUCAGAAGUGCUGUGUCCUUCCCGUGGUAGUUUUGUAAAGUUCUCUUAUAAGUCUUGUAGACUUCUCGUUGGUAGUUCUGUUGACAUCAACGUUCUAUUAAAAUGUUGUUGUCUUACUACCUUGUCAAACUGAAUUUGUUAUUAUAGAUUAAGUCGUAUAUGAUGUAAAAUUGAUUCGCUUAUAGAGUAAUUUUGAAUUUCCACGCAAAUGGCCAUUUUUUGCAUUAUAUACGAUUUGUUUGCCUGGCCUCUCAAUUAGCUAUAAAGCAAGACCAUGCUGGAGGCGGCUGGGUUUGAUCCCCGAUUCUCGGCUUCACUUGCCACACAAUAAUACUGAUGCAAAAUGGCACAGGCUUAGAAAGCUCUAAAUUAACAUUUGUGGGGGACGUAGUAAAGCCACAAAAGAGAGACGAUUUGUUUGCCGAUGUCAUAAAAACAAUUUUGACAUACAUGCAUUUUGGCUUACCUGUGCCUUUUGCCAGUAGUCCCUUCCAAACGGAGGCAAAGAAAAUAAACUGACUGGAUCGAUUAAGCACUGUUUUGUUCCUCUUGUAGUGUGUUGCCUUAGAAGCUUUAGUAGUAGGUACUGACCCAUAUGUUUCAACCAAUAAAUAGCUCACGACUCCCGACACUACUCACACCACUACUUCUACCAACCAGACACCAACGCUGUUGAAACGGAUGUAGAUUUUUUUCUGUUGCAAUUGUAAUUGUAAUUUUUUGACCACCCCCCCCCCCCCCCCCCCAAAACGCCGGCUUGUUGAUGUGCGUGUUCUGAACUGAUGCACCGUUUGUCUAAUAAUUAUUGGAAGUAGAAAACUGGUGCGAAACCACGAAAUUACAUCCAAUUUCAUUCCAUCGCCGUAGCACCAUCGCUUCUUCGUUCACAGUUGAGAGCUACUGCCAGCUUGAGACUCAUCAACAACAACCAAAUUAAACAGUAUGGUAUGGCAAACUUGUAGCAUUCCUAACACUCAUGUCAUAACGUCAUUUCAUCGCAUCAUUUUGCAACCGGUUAUGCAAUCAAAACAACUACGACAAAAAUGCCGCAACAAAACAAAAGCAAUCUAUGUAAGUUAGCUAAUGUGUCUGCACAUUUACCGCUAUCGCGCUUUUUCUUGACGUGACAAUUGCAUACCAGUAUUAGUCAAUAGUCGAUUAAGAGGGAAAAACAUCAGCAAUGUAAGCAGGAGGAAAACAGUCCCUUGUGGAUUGUGGAAGUGAUGAACAACAGCUAAACCAUUGUAGCAUGACUAAAAAAAUAAACGCAAACAAACAAAACUGCAUAGGUUAACUGACAGAAAUAAACAUAAUAAUCAAAACGAGAAACACUUGAUGAAACAUUUAGAACCAAUUUGAAACCAGAUGAAAUAAAUGUUACAGUUACUAUAACACACAACAGUUGAUGACAUGAAACAUAUAAGAAUAGUAAACUAAUGCAGGAUCUAUAAAAACAAACAUAGAUAGUACGAAAGGCCAAACACUUUCCCUUCAAUUUAGUUUUCUUAAAAAAAAAGGAUAACACAUUCACACACUACCGAUGAAAGCAAUAGCAAUAUCCACAACAUCGUCUCCUCUGUAGAAAAUGUUGACAGUUGUUAUUGUUAUUACAAAGGUAAAUAUUGAAAGGAAUCUCGUAAGAACCCCCCAGUGCAACACAUCUGGAGGGGGCCUGGUGCCCCUUCCCUUGCCCAUCCUCCUUCUUCUCCCCAGACAUCACAUCCACAGUAGCGUUUGUGUAAACAAUAUUGUAGCGUUAUACAGUUAGGAAUUGAAACAUAAAUAGGAAUGAUCAUUCACUCACGACAGACGACACACGACAAAGGUUGAUAUUAACCAUUCUAUAGUAGGGAGUAGACCAGCUGUGAUUAUUUUGAAAAUUACUAAUUGAGAUUCGAUGAGGGUAAGAGAGUUGGAAUCGUCGCAACGGAGCGGGAAAGGACGAAUUUUGUGGAACGUCGUCGUGCAAGAGUGCUAGGUUAGCUUAGUGUGAGGGAUUUGAUUUGUUCGAACCGAACAGGUAUUUCAAGCAGCUUUAUUUCGAUGUAGUUAUGGUGUAAUUCAAAGUUUACUUUUUAAGUUAGUCAUUUUUCGCUACGUAAAAACUUUCUUUUCUUGAACCGGAGUCUGAAAAGGAAUGAUCAUCUUCCGAAAAAAAAAAUAGAAGAUAAAGUAUACUGUGGAAAAGUAUGAAUCAAGAAUGUUCCAUUGCAUUCUAUGUGUUACUUAUAUACCUUCUAUUGCUAUUGAUUUUUGUGAUUACUUUUGUUUCAACCUGCAAGAUUGAACCCAGCGGCAGCGAGUUUUAAAAUAUCUUUAAGUUCGAAUAGUAUUAUGCGGUGCAUUUCCUGUUAGUAAGCGAACCAGCUUACCAAUUGCUAAGAUAUAAUUUUUGCCAUGUUUUGCUUCCUGUAAAUGAGGUAUUUUAAUCUAUACAUCAAAUAGGUUUUUUAGGGAUGCGAUUUAGUUUAGGAAAAAAAAAUUAAACAAAUUUCUACCAACAACAAUAAUGGGUUUACCGUCGGACGAUUUAUUUAUAACAAAGCUAGAACCGAAUUACAAACCAUAUAUAGCAUAAUAAUACGUAUUUGAAAAAGCACUUAAGUGCAGCACUACUGAUAAUUUACUGUUUAUAAUGAUAUUGAAACCCAAAAUCCAUCAUUCGAAACAACAGAUACAUACACGCAUACAUUGAAUAUGUAAUAAAAUUACCUAUUGAGCUGUAUUUAAAAUAAACCCUAAACGAUGGCAUGAAUGCAAAAUUUAGAAAUACAAAAAAAAAACCCGGAGAAUGAAACUGAUAUAACAAAAUAUGUACCCUGAAAGUACCCUGUACUGGACAGAUAAAACUAACCUAUCCUAGAGACUUACAAAAAAAAAUAUAUAUAUAUUUAAAUAA